AUGUCUGAUAACAACCAUAAUAAACCAACCACUACAACCACAAAUGGAAACUAUUCCAAAGACGAUCAAUUAAGCCAACAAGAUUUAACCAAGAUCCAAGAAGUUGCUCAAAAGAUCCUCAACCCCAACAAUGAACAUCCACAAAUAAACGAGUAUAUUCGAUCAACAAUGUCAUAUAUUGGUAAUGCGUUGUACAAGAUGCAAACCACUAAUGACAAAGAUGCUACAGCUAAGGAAAUUGCUGAUGAUUUAACUGCUAAAUUCAAUCAUUGGAAAGAAGAACGAGAAAAGAACAAUAAUCAGGAAACCAAUGGGCAAGCUGAAAAUGACGAGAAGAAGUAA